CGUCGUUCCGCUACACUUUGCCUGCACCGCUGCGCUCGCGCCGAUCUGUGGAACCUUAACGCACCCGAAGUGACUCGUGGCGAAGAUUUUGGAUAUGAUGGCAAUAUAGGUCCAUCGCACUGGGGCGAACGAUAUCGCGAGUGUACCGGCAAGCACCAGAGCCCCAUCAACAUUAACGUACUUCAAGUGAAGCAAGUCUCCCUACCUGACAUCGUUUUCAUCGGAUUUGAUGACCCCAUUGACGACGUCCAUGUCACCAAUAAUGGUCAUACCGUGCUAAUAGAGGUGCAAAAUGAACCCCACCCGCGUGUUCGUGGGGGGCCCCUGGAAGGGGACUACGUCUUCAGCCAGAUGCACUUCCACUGGGGGGACAACGACACCUUCGGCUCCGAGGAUAAGAUUAAUCAUCGAAGUUUCCCCAUGGAGCUUCACAUGGUUUUCUAUAAAGAAGAAUAUCAUAAUCCAAAAGAAGCCAUACUGCAUAGUGACGGGCUUACAGUUCUCGCAUUUUUCUAUGAGCUGGACCGUCACUUCCACCCCGCUUACGACGAAAUAACCUCAGCUCUAAGCAACGUGACUGAAGCUCAUUCCACCGUCAUAAUGAGCAACCCCUUCUCCUUCCUCAACAUCCUGCCGUACGACCUGAGACGUUACUUCACGUACCGUGGUUCGCUAACUACGCCACCGUGUUCUGAAGUUGUCAUUUGGCUCGAUUUCGAACAGCCAAUCAGAUUGACGCAUGACCAGAUCGACGCAUUCCGUGAGCUCCGUUCAGAGUACGGCAACAUCCGGCACAACUUCCGACCGAUACAGCCUAUCGGCGACCGCGUCGUCUUCUACAACAUCGACAAUAACUAUUUCGUAUACAACGAACUGGACGAGCCUGAGACCACCACAAUGAAACCGAGCAGGAGGAAAAAAGAUCGUAAAAACCAUAGCUUUAGACUUAGUUGUAGUUUUAGUAUUGUAUUGUUUAUGCUGUUUUUAACUAGCAUAUACCAAUAGUUAGGGUGCCUUCAAAUUAGAAGUGCUGCAGCAAGUGAACUAAAGCCGGGUUUUCACAAUACGAGUACAGUCGGACCGAAUCCUCUCGGAUGAUGACUCGGACGCGGUUCUAUUAUUGCGAGUAUAAUCAUUUUAUGAACACAACAUAGCACCAACUAAGAAAAAGUGGAAUGAAUGUGACUUUAUGAGGUUUUAAAAGUGUUUUUACCUUUCUUUCCUACUUCUCGGAUAAAUUCAUUUAAAGCACUCAUUUGGUCACGUCUUUAAGUCCACCUUUCUGGUCCAAACUUUUCUCUUAAAUUUUUUUCCCUUCCAUGAUUUUGUACUUCAGCCAUUAACAUAUCUGCUACAAUUCAUAUACCUCGCAGCACCAGAUCAGUCGUUAGCAUCUUGAUUGUGAACCAAAAGCCGAGUGGACGCCUAUACGAUCUAACAACUCGUACUCAGUCCGCGAGCAUUCGUGUAGUGAAAACCCAGCUUAAAAAUUACAUUAAGCGAUACAGAUGCGUGGCUGUUGCAUCACUGCAGCGCUCCAAACAAGCGACAUAGACAUUGGGGACAUGAUUUUGAGGU